AAACGGGCUUAUUGAACCAAAUUAUUGACAAGUUAAACAUCUUAAAACAAUGGAACCUGCUAAAGUAAUUGGAAAGCUAAAGGAGCAGGUGCGCAUGGAGCAUAAUUCGCGUCGAAGUUUUCCAAAAGCUUGGAGCGAAAUUUCGGGCAAGCAAACUAACAAGUUUUACCACCAAUCUGAGAUCAAUUCUCAACUAAGUAACCAGCUUAAAUUAAAAGACCUGUGCCCUUUUCUCCACAACAACCAAGGCGAAUCGCGAUUCGUAUCUCCGGAGAUGUACAAACCUUUACUGGCUGUCUGUCGUUGUGGUCGCCCUAGGGAAAACCAUCAUAUGGGGAAAUGCUUACAAAGAGCGUUGAGUCCAGAUUACAAACAAGCCAUGAUACAAAAGGGCACUCAGGAAGGGAAAACCGAGCCAUUGUGUGUGCCUUCCACUUCAAGCUCUACCAUUGGUUUCGUAGGUAUUUCGAAAAACUACCAUAAGCUGGAACGUUCUAUGCAGUACGUUUCGCCUGCGUAUUCAAUGCCUGGGCCUCGAAUUACCGCAGUGCCCUAUAAUAAUAUUAUUAUUGGAUAAACCAUC